CAAAUUGAAGCAACAGAGUAGUGAGCGUGAGUGGCUGCUGAGAGGAGCUAGGACACACGCAGUUAGACGCCGCUUUUAAUCCCACGUCGGUAUUUUCUCGGUCAAGCGUACCUAACAUGGAGGAGGCCAACAAACUAAUCGGAGAGGGCAAGAAGCACUUAGUGCUGGGGAAGGCGGUGGAGGCCGUGAGCGCCCUGCAGGAGGCCUGCGGCAUGCUAGCUAAAAAGUAUGGCGACACAGCGGACGAGUGUGGAGAGGCUUUUUUCUGGUGUGGUAGGGCGCUGCUGGAACUGGCACGGAUGGAGAACUCAGUCCUGGGUAAUGCUUUGGAAGGAGUGCCAGAAGAAGAGGAGGAGGAUGAGGAGGAGGAGGAGAAACACAAAGACUCCAAUGUUGAGAGCACCAAAAACAUUGAUGAGAAGACCAGAGAUGAGCUGAGGGUUCAGGUGUAUGACGCCAUGGCAGAGAAGACCAGUGAGGAUGCAGAGAAGAAGAGUGAAGAUGCAGAUAAGACUGAGGCUGGUGAUGAGGAAAAGAAGAGUGUUGUAGAUGGAAGCAAAUCUGAAGAUGAGAAGGAAAAUGACAAGGAGGCAGAGAAGGAAAAUGACAAGGAGGCAGAGAAGGAAGAAGAGUCAGCAGACAAGCCAGAAGAAGCAGAAGAUGGUGAAGAAAAGCAGCAGCAGGAGGAGGAAGAAGACGAUGCUGAUGAAGAAAUGGAGGGUGUCACAGAAGAGCAAGGUGAAGGAGAUGGUGCCGCAGAGAAGGAUAGCGACGAGGAGGAGGUGGGGAACCUGCAGCUGGCCUGGGAGAUGUUGGAAGUAGCCAAAGUUAUCUACAAAAGAAAAGUGACUAAGGAGGAUCAGCUGAUGGCAGCUCAGGCCCACCUGAAACUGGGUGAAGUUUCUGCUGAAUCAGGAAACUACUCACAGGCGCUGGAGGAUUUCCAGGAGUGUUUGAAGUUGCAGAAGCAGCACCUGGACCCUGACAGCCGCCUGCUCGCUGAGUCCCACUACCAACUCGGCCUGACCCACAGCCUAAACCUAGAGUAUAGCAAGGCCAUCGAGGAGCUGAACAGCUCCAUCUCAGUCAUAAAGAGCCGGCUGGACAAACUGCAGGAGCUGCUCGACAAGGCAGAGGACCCAGAGGCUCUGCCCAACGAGAGGACGGAGAUGGAGGAGCUGAAGGCCCUGCUGCCAGAGAUCCAGGAGAAGGUGGAGGACGCCACAGAGGGACUGAAAACGGCAAGCACUACCGCUGAGGCUGUGAAGGGUGUACUGGACAGUGGCUCCACUUCCUCUGCUUUCCCUGGUUCAUCUGUACAGAAGGGUGACUCUUCAUCCAGUCCAAAGAUCGAUGGCACGUCAGCCAAUGGAGUGAGCUCUACCAGCGGGCACGUUUCUGACAUCUCCCACUUGGUCAGGAAGAAGAGGAAACAAGAGGACAGUCCAGUGAAGGAGGGAGUGGUCAAGAAGGUGAAGAAGGACGACGGGCACACAGAUGAAGUGCAGGAGCCUCACACUAACGGCGUUCCCAAAGCUGCUGGCGAUCCAGUCGGGCACGCUAACAGUAUGGAAGUGGAGAGUCACUGAAGCCACACUCCUUCCAAGUUGUUUCCACCUACGAAGGGAUUCACCAAGAUGACCAGCUCUGUACUGAUACUACACUUGUUUGCUGUUGUAAAUAUGUGCAUCUUUUUCUAUGCCUUUUGUUAUGGUAGUGUUUUUUUCACGUGUGAAACCUAUACAGUUAAAUAAAGUGUUAUUUGAUAACUGUUGUUUUAGCAAAAGUCCCAGUGGGGAAAGGUUAAGUUGUUCCAGUCACAUUGCCUUGAGUGUCCAAUGUGGUGUUCUCAGCACACCUGGUUCAGUAUAGCUGAUUUAGUAAACCUGAAGAUCGUGAGCAGGUAAUAGUGUGGCCGAGUGCCUCCAGGACCAGGACUGAAAAACAGUUCAUAAUUCAAGCAUCACCUAAGAGAACAUUUAACAGGAAGAUAACUGUUCUAAUAGUUUAACCUGUAAUGACAUCACUGUUUGUGCUGUAUAAGAAUAGCUGAAAGGUUAUACAAAUAUUAAAUUUCUGUAUCCACCAUGGUACUUUGGAAGUGUUUUUC